AAUGAUUCAACAAGUACCAGAAAACAUUGAUUUUCCUGCUGAAGAAGAAAAGAUAUUGCAGUUCUGGUCUGAAUUUAAUUGUUUUCAAGAAUGCUUAAAACAGUCAAAACAUAGGCCGAAAUUUACCUUCUAUGACGGUCCUCCUUUUGCAACCGGACUGCCUCACUAUGGACAUAUACUUGCAGGGACAAUUAAAGAUAUAAUUACAAGAUACGCUCACCAGAGUGGGUUUCAUGUUGACAGAAGAUUUGGAUGGGAUUGUCAUGGUUUGCCUGUGGAAUAUGAAAUCGAUAAGACACUGGGAAUCAGAGGGCCAGAGGACGUGGCCAAAAUGGGGAUUGCGGAGUAUAACAACCAGUGCCGGGCCAUUGUGAUGAGGUACUCCUCCGAGUGGAAGUCUGUUGUUACCAGACUUGGCCGAUGGAUUGACUUUGACAACGACUACAAAACUCUGUAUCCACAAUUCAUGGAAUCUGUCUGGUGGGUGUUCAAGCAGCUGUAUGAUAAAGGCCUUGUUUACAGAGGUGUGAAAGUCAUGCCCUAUUCCACCGCUUGUAACACUCCACUUUCCAACUUUGAGGCACACCAGAAUUACAAGGAUGUUCAAGAUCCUUCAGUAUUUGUAACUUUCCCUUUGGAAGAAGAUGAAAAUGUAUCUCUGGUUGCUUGGACGACUACCCCCUGGACUCUACCUAGUAACCUUGCUGUCUGUGUUAAUCCAGAAAUGCAAUAUGUAAAGAUUAAAGAUGCUGCCAGAGAAAAAUUAUUCAUUUUAAUGGAAGCCAGAUUAUCAGCCCUCUAUAAGUCGGAGAGUGACUAUGAGAUCCUUGAAAGGUUUCCUGGUGUUUCUCUCAAAGGCAAGAAAUACAAGCCCUUGUUCGACUAUUUUCUGAAGUACAAAGAGAAGGGUGCUUUCACUGUGCUUGUCGACAGCUACGUGAAGGAGGAGGAAGGCUCGGGAAUUGUGCACCAGGCUCCUUACUUCGGAGCUGAUGACUUCCGCAUCUGUAUGGACUUCAACAUCAUUCAGAAAGACACACCCCCUAUCUGCCCAGUGGAUGCAUCAGGCCGUUUCACAGCAGAAGUGACACAUUUUGCAGGACAGUAUGUGAAGGAUGCUGACAAAAACAUCAUCAGGACCUUAAAGGAACAGGGCCGACUUGUCGCCACCAGCACCUUCACUCACAGCUACCCUUUUUGCUGGAGGUCUGACACGCCCCUCAUUUACAAAGCGGUGCCCAGCUGGUUUGUGCGUGUGGAGCACAUGGUGGACCAUCUGUUGAGGAACAAUGACCUGUGCUACUGGGUGCCAGAGUUCGUGCGAGAACGGCGGUUUGGAAACUGGUUGAAAGAUGCGCGUGACUGGGCGAUCUCCAGAAACAGAUACUGGGGCACCCCUAUCCCGCUGUGGGUCAGCGAUGACUUCGAGGAGGUAGUUUGCAUUGGCUCUGUGGCAGAACUUGAGGAGCUCACAGGAGCAAAGAUCUCAGAUCUGCACAGAGAGAGCAUUGACCAUCUGACCAUCCCCUCACGCCGCGGGAAGGACCCGCUGCGGCGCAUCGCUGAGGUGUUUGACUGCUGGUUCGAGAGUGGCAGUAUGCCCUAUGCCCAGGUUCACUAUCCGUUCGAAAGCAAGAGGGAGUUUGAAGGUGCUUUUCCUGCAGACUUCAUUGCCGAAGGCAUCGACCAAACCAGAGGAUGGUUUUACACUCUGCUGGUCCUGGCCACUGCCCUCUUUGGGAAACCGCCUUUCAAGAACGUGAUCGUGAAUGGGCUCAUCCUGGCGAGUGAUGGCCAAAAAAUGAGCAAACGAAAAAAGAAUUAUCCAGAUCCGGUGUCAGUCAUCCAAAAGUACGGUGCCGAUGCCCUCAGGUUAUAUCUGAUCAAUUCCCCUGUGGUGAGAGCAGAAAACCUCCGCUUUAAGGAGGAGGGCGUGCGGGACGUCCUAAAGGACGUGUUGCUUCCGUGGUACAACGCAUACCGCUUCUUCACGCAGAACGUCUUGAGGCUCCAGAAGGAGGAGGGAGUAGAAUUCCUCUACAAUGAGAAUGCAGUUAGAGAAAGCCCCAACAUCAUGGACCGGUGGGUCCUGUCCUUCAUGCAGUCGCUCCUGGGCUUCUUCGAGACUGAAAUGGCAGCAUACAGGCUCUACACCGUGGUGCCUCGCCUGGUCAAGUUUGUCGACAUCUUGACCAAUUGGUACGUCAGGAUGAACCGCCGGAGACUAAAGGGUGAAAGCGGGAUGGAGGAUUGCGUGAUGGCCCUGGAGACUUUGUUUAGUGUCCUACUUUCUCUGUGCAGACUGAUGGCCCCUUACACACCGUUUCUCACCGAGCUAAUGUACCAGAAUCUGAAGACGCUGAUCAAUCCCACUUCUGUCCAAGACAAGGAUACACUCAGCAUCCACUACCUCAUGCUACCUCGCGUUCGAGAGGACUUAAUUGACAAGAAAACUGAGAAUGCAGUGUCCAGGAUGCAGUCUGUCAUUGAACUUGGCCGAGUGAUCCGAGACCGAAAAACUAUUCCCGUAAAGUAUCCUUUGAAGGAAAUUGUGGUUAUCCAUCAAGAUCCUGAAGCUCUGAAUGAUAUCAGGUCCUUGGAGAAGUACAUCCUUGAGGAAUUGAAUGUUCGGAAAGUUACACUGUCUACCGAUAAAAACAAGUAUGGUAUUCGGCUGCGGGCAGAGCCAGACCACAUGGUCCUGGGGAAGCGGCUGAAGGGAGCCUUUAAGGCCGUGAUGAUGGCCAUCAAGCAGCUGAGCAGCGAGCAGCUGGAACAGUUCCAGAAGAGCGGGAGCAUUGUUGUGGAAGGCCAUGAGCUCCAUGAAGAAGACCUCCGCCUCAUGUACACCUUCGACCAGACCUCAGGGGCCACCAUGCAGUUUGAAGUUCAUUCGGAUGCUCAGGCCCUGGUCCUCUUAGACAUCACCCCUGACCAGUCAAUGCUGGAUGAAGGUAUGGCACGGGAAGUUAUCAAUCGCAUCCAGAAACUUCGCAAGAAGUAUAACCUGGUUCCCACCGAUGAGAUAACAGUGUAUUACAACGCAAAGUCUGAGGAGAGGUAUCUGAAUAAUGUCAUCGAAAGCCACACAGAGUUCAUAUGUGCCACCAUAAAGGCUCCCUUGAAACCAUACCCAGUUUCUGCAGCAGAAGAAGUCAUUAUUGAAGAGAAAACACAGUUAAAGGGGUCUGACCUGGAAAUUACAUUCACCAGAGGGUUUUCCACGCCUGGUCCUGCUUGUGCAUAUGUCAAUGUCAAUAUCCGUGCAAAUGGGCGGGAACAAGUGUGAAAAGGAAUAAUCAACAGAUGCAAGCACCAUGACAAAGGACAUUAGAAUUGUGUGACGGAAUUUACAGCAAGCACAAACAUGAAAAAUGCAAAGCCUCAGAAAAGAAAUAGAAGCUAUAAAGAAAAGUCAAACUGGGUGUGGUUGUGCAUGUCUAUUCCCAGCACUUGGGAGGCUGAGGCAGGAGGAUCACCAUGAGUUCAAGACCAGCCUGAACUACACAGUGGAACCUUGUCUCUAAAUAAAUAAAUAGGGGCUGGGGAUUUAGCUCAGUGGCAUAAGCACCUGCCUCGCAAGCACUCGGUCAUGAGUUCAACCCCUGGUACCAAUUUAAAAAAAAAAAACAGACAAAACUGAAUAAAUAAACUCACUCAGAAAUUUUAGGACUGAAAAGUGCCACUAAAAGUUUAAAACCUCGACGGAUGCACUGAGCAGCAAAAGAGAAGCAGAGAAAAGGCUCUGAGCCAAAAACGCAGGUUGCAUAUUCUUAACAGCAGAGUUGGAAACAGGAAUAAUUGAGGGCUUAAGGUCAAAUAACAGAAAAUUAAUAUUCUUGCCAAUGGAGCUGGAAGAAGAGGAUAGUGUUGAAAAAGGUAUUCAAGGAAAUAAUGGCAAAAGGUAUAGCCCAACAGAUUCAGUAAGCUUAAUGCUGUGGCCUGAACAUUUGUUCUCCUGGCUCACUCCAAGGUCACACGUUAAAAUCAUGGUGGGCGUGGUGAAUGGUAGGGCCUUUGGGGAGUAAUUAGGGGAUGAAGGAUGAAGGCAGAGCCCUCUCAACAAGUAAUACUUAUGCCAAAAUAAAAGAUUCCAGGAGCUGAUCACCACCUCGGCCAUGUGAAGAUACAGCAGAGUACAAGCCAGGAAAUCUGCUGGCAUCCUCACUUUGGGCUCUCAGAAUACAAAGCUAUGAGAAAUUUCUGCUGUUUAUAGGCAACAUAGCCAGUGGGUCUACUAAGUAAAAGCCAAUCUGGGUAAACCAAAACUCACUUUAAAACAUAUCAUAGUCAGACUUCUAGAAAGUGAAAACCAAGACAAUAUCUUGAAAGCAAAAGGACAAUAGUUUUCAAGCACUAAAGGAAAAACACUGUCUAUCCAGAAUUCUCUGCCAAGGAGAAGUAACCCUUGGUGUGAUGGUCGAGGGUAUGUUUGCUGACCUUCCCAAGUACUGCUCUGCGCUAAGCCACUGGUAGAGAAACUCUGUGGCCAUCCCUGUUCUAGAGGUUAAAGUAUGAGUGCUUUUGUUUCACGGCUGGGUUAAAAACACAGGAAGUAACGGACACCACCCCGCACCCGCACUUUCCCUCCCAGGCUGAGCUCAUAACUCUGUCACCUUCAGGACCCCACUGAGGUGACAGGCAAUGACCUGGCUGGCAAACCCUGGCAGAAUGUAAAGUCUGUGUGUCUGUACUAUAUGUACUCCUGGCUUCUGCGGGCAUGUCCACUGAUUAAACUAACAAUUCUGUUUACAGAGA